CGUAAACGGUCCUGCGUUACCGGCGCUCUCCUGUGUUAUCGAAUGAUUAUCACAUUUUGCAUAGAUGCAUGACCCAUCGUCAGCGUUCACCGCUGAAGACCAACAACGCCACCCGUACAUCUCAUCCGUUCUCGAACCCAGCACGCAGAAAGUGGUCGCCACUGCUGGUGUCCGAAUCUACUAUGCGCCUUUCAACAAUCCUCAUUUGAACUGGAGCUACUCUAAGCUCAAAGGAAUCUUGGUCUUCGGACGUGACCGAGACACACACCAUGGCACGUCUCCUCCGAAGCGAGGCGGUCAUGGUGUGCGUCUCAAGGAGAAAUACUGGUUUCGUCUCGUUGACAUGAAGACAGACCGUGUGGUUUGGACAUUUUCCAUCCCCGAGGUCUUCGAGUACACGAAAGACAAGCCUUUCUUUCACUAUUUCUCCGGAACGAGUCGCAUGUUCGGACUUUGCUUCGACGAAGACGAAGAAGCAAGCGUCUUCUACAAAAAAGUCUCGGAUCGGACGCGGCACCAUUUCUUCCAACCCUUCCUCUUCAAAUCCAGCAAGGACAAGAAAGAAAAAAAGAAGGCACCCAAAUCUUCUUCAGUGAGCACUCGGCUAAUCUCCAGCCCCGCGCCCCACUCCUUUGUCCAUGUGGCCCAUGUCGGAAUCACCACUAGGGGCAUCAUCGAAUCUUCCAAGAAUAUCAAACCCGCCUGGUCAACACUGAUGGCAGACCUUCAGGGUUGUGGGGUGGCGCCUGAGAUCGUCAAAGACGACAAGGAUUUUGUGGAAGGGUUUAUGGCGGGUGCUAAGGCAAUGUCGGAUAAACCAACGGCUGUGCAGCCCCAUCCUCCAACUUCCCCAGUGCCUCCCGAAAAGCGCAAAAUCCGAAGAAAAGCUGUUACCAUUUUGUAAUGCGUCCUUCCGUUCUGUUGUCACACUUAUCUCUUGGCAGUCCUUGAUCUUUCCUAUGGUACUUUUGACUCACUAAUACUUUUGCUUGUGAUCCUUGAAUGUUGUCUAUGCGUUAUUUCUUGUAUGUCAUCGACCACGUAUUAUUGGCACUGUAGCAGUAAACAUAACAACACGAAUUCUUA